AACCUAAAAAAAGCCGGUGUCCCCUGCACGACUGCGUCUAUCUUCACAAAUUCGCAAGUGUGAAAAUAAAUCGAAUUUGUACUAUUUUAAAGCGUAAUUAAUUAGCAACACCAAGAUGAGCGAAGAUCUGCAGCGAAAAAUUCAGUCCGAGCUGGACAGUUUCAAAAAUACACAGAAAGAGUUGCAGAAAGCCAUUUCGUCCAGGCAGCAGCUCGAUGGUCAAUUAAACGAAAAUAUGAUAGUGAAAGAUGAGCUCGAUAUACUGCCUAAAGAUGCCAAAGUCUACAAGUCCGUGGGUCCAGUCCUUAUUAAGACAGAGCUCAUCGAGGCUAAACAAAACGUGAGCAAACGGAUGGAGUACAUAAAUAAGGAGCUUAAGAGGUGCGACGACUUGAUCACUUCGAUGGAGAAGAAGCAGGACACUCAUAGGGAGUCCCUCCAGAAGCUGCAGCAUCAGUUCCAGCAAGCGCAAGUCAAGGCUGCAUUGCAUGCCUAAUAUUGGAUCUCAUUUAGCUUUAUUUAAUGGAUUUAUUUAUGUAACGGUUAAACUCGAGUUUUGUAAUUUUGAAAACUAAUAAAAUGACGUCGUUAACACAA